AUGUCUCUUCCAGGAGCUCUGCCAGAGAGCACGCUGAAGCUCAUCAGCCAGCUCGCACCGGGAACAGUCGCAGACACGGCCGCUCUCGCUGCAGCAGGUCUUUUAUCUGCCGCGUAUGUCUUGCGCGGAUACGCCUGGGAUAAGCCUGAUCCGUACAACUACAUCUGGUACGAGAAGCCUCAACAGGGCACCGCCGGCAACGCCGCAAACAAGAAAUCCAAGAACAUUGCCGAGAGGUUAGAAGAGCUCGGCAAAGAUGUCGUUGUCUUCUGGGGCUCGCAGUCUGGCACCGCCGAGGGCUUCGCGAACCGUCUCGCUCGCGAGCUGCACCAGCGUUUCCACCUCAACACCAUGUCGGCAGACCUCUCAGACUACGAUGCCGACACAAUCACGCAGAUCCCUCAGACCAAGCUGGCCAUUUUCAUCAUUUCCACCUACGGCGAGGGAGACCCCAGCGACAAUGCCAGUCUGUUUUGGGACUGGUUGACCAAGCUCCAAGACAAGCCCCUCGCAUCGCUUCGCUAUGCGGCGUUCGGUCUGGGCAACAGCAACUACAGAUACUACAACAAGGUCGUCGACGUUGUCGACAAGGCUCUUGUAGACUGCGGUGCCUCGCGCUUGGCGCCCGUUGGCCGUGCGGACGAUGCGGUUGGAGCUACAGAGGAGGAUUUUCUCUCAUGGAAGGACGACUUGUACAAGGUCUUCCGUGAUGAAUUACAACUGAAAGAGCACGAGGUCGUCCACGAGCCAUCUCUGGCUGUUGUCGAGGAUGAGUCUCUGGAGCCGCAGGAUCUUCAUAUUGGCGAGCCAGUACACUUGAUUGAGGGCUCCGGAAAGUCAACGGCCAACUCAGCGAUUAAGGCAUUGAAGAUCAAAAACGCUCGCAGCUUAUUCUCCUCCCCUGGUCGCAGCUGCCUUCACCUAGACCUCGAUCUAGGAAACAGCUCCCAAAUCACAUACAAGACGGGCGAUCACCUCGCUGUUUGGCCCAUCAACCCUGAUCAAGAGGUUGAGCGUCUCCUCAACGUCCUUGGUCUCUCCGAGCGCCGGAGUAUUCCCAUCAGCAUCAAUGCCCUCGACGCCGCCGUGAAGGUCAGAAUUCCUACACCAACAAACGUUGAGACGUUGUUCAGAUACUACCUCGAGAUCUGCGCCGCCGUUCCCAGAGACGCCGUACGAGGCCUCGCCCAGUUUGCGCCAUCUGCCGCAUCAAAGGAGAUUCUCCUGAACCUUGGCCGCGACAAGGAUAACUAUGCCGCUUUCCUUGCAUCUAACCACCUGACCAUCGGCAAGCUUCUAGAAUACGCAGCUAAGGCCGACGGCCAGGCGACGUCGUCUGCCUGGUCCGGAAUCCCUCUCUCCUAUCUCAUCGAGACACUGCCUAGAUCCCAGCCGCGCUACUACUCCAUUUCCUCCUCCAGCGUCGUUUCUCCCAAAGCUCCCAGCAUCACCGUUGCUGUUUCUGAUACCCCCCUGUCUGCUUCUCCCACAACGGCCAUCCCCGGCCUGACGACGAACUAUCUCCAAUCUCUCUCCAGCUCUCUGCAAGACUCACAGGCAGCACAGCAGGUCGAGGGCCUCAGCUACGCCUUAUCAGGUCCUUCAAACGCACUCGAAGGCGGCCUCAUUUACGCCCACAUUCGUCGCUCCAAGUUCAAGCUCCCCAUGCUUUCCUCACACCCGCUCGUCAUGGUCGCCGCCGGUACGGGUCUGGCGCCCUUCCGAGCUUUCAUUAUGGAGCGUCUCCGUCUGCAGUCCGUCGGCAAGGACAUCGGGCAGAUGAUGCUCUUCUUCGGAUGCCAACGCCCCGAUGAUGACUACAUUUACAAGGAGGAGCUCGAGCAGAUGGAGAAGGAUCUUGGUGGAAAGCUCAAGAUCGUCACUGCCUUCUCGCGACAAGAAGGCGCGAAAAAGACAUACGUUCAAGACAGAGUGCGCGAGUUGGGCGCCGAGGUUUUGGCGCUCUUAGAGGAGAGUGCCAUUUUGUACAUGUGCGGACGGGCGAGCAUGGCUAGGGAGGUUGGCAAAACGUUGGGCGAUGUCGUGAGGGCGGAUAAGGGUUGGAGUGAUGCCCAAGUCAAAGAUUGGAGCGAAGGGUUGAAGAGGAAUCGCAAGUGGCAAGAAGACGUCUGGGGAUAG